AUGCAGUUCUACCAUAUUAGUACCCAUAUUGUUCUCUUCCCUGUCGCUCUUAACCAAAAAGGAAAUAUUUACACAGAUUGGUGACAUUGUUAUAAUUUUGAGACAUUUUUACGAAAAUUUCGAAUAGAUUUCAAGGUACACAACGAGGAGAAUGAUAAUGACAGCGUUGUAUCGAAAUGAUCUGAUGAAUUUGGAUCUCCUGAGCCGACUAAAAAUUAUGUCAACACAUUUUUAAAGAGGUCAGACAAAGCAAUUGGAAUUAAUCCAGUUAAUGAAAAAUCUAGAAAUGAACCUCUGCUGUUGAAUGCACUCACAAAUGUUGACUCUAUCUCAAACACAGCUAGUACUAAAAGACCGAGCUCCAAAACAGUAUGAACCUAUAAGCCUAAUCUUCCAAAACCUAGCAGGAUUUUGACAAACUUGGAUAAAGAAGAUGAAAUCGACAAAAUGAUGGAUAAGUACUCCAACCUCAAAGUAAGAAUGGGGAAGUGUAAAGACAAGGUCCUCAGCAAGGGAAAUACUAGGAAACAUAUCUUAGUCCUCAGAAAGAAACAAACAAAAAUAUCUGAAGUUGUUGACCAAGAAGAGGCUGAAAAGAUUAAGGAUUUUAAAUAAAUACGAGACAACGAUGAAAAGUGCCAUAAAAGGCCUAGCCAAGGCAAUAGUCCUGGCAAGGAAUAAGACCACUCAUGAGGUAGAAGACUUCACUCCAAAGAGGAAAUUGGGUGAAAGAAAUCAUAGCAAGAAAUUAAUAAUACGUGGAACAACAUCUAGCUCCAAUUUGCACGUUUUGGAGGACAACCCUAAAAACAUUCGGAAAAUUUCUAACAACAGGCUACAUAUAUCUCAGAAGAGAAGAGAGUAUAUUUCACAUAAGAGACCAAGAGCUGUGCAGAGUAUGAACGCAUUAAGUCUAUUAUCAGAGGACUCAUUUGUCCCAGUUAUAUAA